UACCUUUCCGGUUUCUCUCGGUUUCUGCCUCAGGUCACUCCCUCCUCACUGCUGUCAGCAGCUCUCGCUCCAAACUUGGCAGUAGCUGCGUUCUGGUUUUUUCUUCCCGCUUAUCUUUUUUCCUUUUUCGUUGCUCUUUUCGGAGUUUUUAAAACGAUCGAGAGAUUUUAAUAGUGGAUUCAUGAGUGCGUCGGGGCGGCUUUCCAGCGGGAGGAGUUGUCGUGUUUUCUUCGCCAGCAGUUGAAGAGCAACUUGGGGGGAGAGAAAUGUCCAGCUGAGGACGGGAGAUCUUGAAUACUACCGGGCCUCUUUUUUUUGUAAUGAUUGAUCAAUGCUGCCACAAUGGCGUUUAAGGCACAGGUUUUAUAUGACUUCACUGCUGAGCCUGGAAACAAUGAGUUGACGGUGAAAGAAGGCGAGACAAUUACUGUCACCAAUCAGAGUAUUGGAGGCGGGUGGAUUGAAGCACAGAACUCCCGAGGGGAGGUUGGACUGGUGCCUGAAGAUUACAUUGAGCUCAAUAAGUCGUUCCCUGUGUUCCAAGGAGCAGGAACCACAGUAACUACUCCAAGUGUGGGAAAUGUUGCGGCCUCAGACUUGUCUUUCUUCGAUGCAUUUGCACCUGCAUCAGCAUCCGCACCGCACCAGGUGGAUGCUGGGGCUUUGAGUCCCCAGCCAGACACCCCCGACACCCCAGUUUCCCCCUUCCUUUCAUCCCCUGAUGAGGCUAGUAAUGGGAACGAUACCUGGCCGGCCUGGGGCGCGGACCCGUCAGGGGGCUCCAACAGCAAUUGGGCUUCUAAUCCAGAGGGCACCCAGACUGGGAAGACUGCUGCUGACCCCUGGGCCUCUGUAUCACAGGGCCACCCUCAGGCUUACCAAGGCCCAGGAGCAGAGGAUGACGAGUGGGAUGACGAAUGGGAUGACGUCAAGUCCACUGGCGGUUAUGCAGAAUCUGAAGCUGGAGACAGUGGGGCAAUGCAAAGAGGUGGCGCACAUGGCUCUUCAAUGAAAAUAUCCCUCAACAACAGGUUUCCCGGGUUCUCCAAGUCUGGUCCAGAGCUCUACCUCCUAUGCAAGCAGAUACCCAAAGGCAAAGACAAGCUAUCCAUUUAUAUUGGAGAGGUUGGUCCAGUGUGGCAUUACCCAGAAAGCCAGCUGGACUGUGUUGUGGCUGAUCCCAAGAAAGGCUCGAAGAUGUACGGCCUAAAGAGCUACAUCGAGUACCAAAUCACACCCAAUACCACAAAUCGGACUGUCAAUCACAGAUAUAAGCAUUUUGAUUGGCUUUAUGAGAGGCUCCUGGACAAAUUUGGGUCAGCCAUCCCUAUCCCUUCCUUACCAGACAAGCAGGUGACAGGCCGCUUUGAGGAAGAGUUUAUUAAGAUGCGGAUGGAGCGGUUGCAAGGUUGGAUGACUAGGAUGUGCAGACAUCCUGUUGUAUCCUACAGCGAGGUGUUUCAGCUUUUCCUCACAUACAAGGAUGAGAAGGACUGGAAAAUGGGGAAGAGAAAAGCAGAAAAAGACGAGACAGUUGGAGUGAUGAUCUUCUCCACGAUAGAGCCGGAAGCUGCAGACCUGGAUCUCAGUGAAGUGGACCAGAAAUGUGAGCAGUUUAGCAGAUUUACCAAAGCCAUGGACGACGGCGUGAAGGAAAUCCUCACCGUGGGACAAGAGCACUGGAAGAGAUGCACAGGACCUCUGCCAAAAGAGUACCAGAGAAUCGGAAAAGCCUUCCAAAACCUCUCCUCUGUCUUCACCAGCAGUGGAUACCAAGGCGAGUCGACUCUGACGGAUGCCAUGACUGCAGCAGGAAAGACGUAUGAGGAGAUAGCCCAGUUGGUGGCAGAGCAGCCAAGAAAAGAUCUCCACUUCCUCAUGGAAACCAACAAUGAAUAUAAGGGUCUUCUCGGAUGCUUCCCAGACACCAUUGGAGUCCAUAAGGCAGGCAUAGACAAGGUGAAGGAAGCUGAUAAGCUGGUAGCCACCAAUAAAAUUACUCCUCAGGACAAAGUCACCAUGGCUAAGCGCGUCAGCACCAUGUCUUAUGCAUUACAAGCUGAGAUGAACCACUUCCAUAGCAACCGUAUCUAUGACUACAACAGGGUCAUGCAGUUGUACCUGGAGGAGCAAGUCAAGUUUUAUGAGACGAUUGCUGCCAAGCUGAGACAAGCACACAGUCAGUUCACCACAAUGUGAAAUCAGUCUCCUGCCACCCGAUGAGAAAUUACACCAGUGCAACAUCUUCAAAUGUUUUAGUUUCUGAUCCAUUGUCUACUCACCCUUUAAAUCUAAUUCCCCCUCUUUAUUCCUCUUACUCUGACCACAUGUGAUUUAUUUUUUUAUUUUUUUACUGCCCAUGCCAACAGUCCCACCUCAGGAUGUUACUUUUCACUACUGCUCACUGAGGUUUAUGCACAGUUAAUGAGUUCAAGAGCAGAGAAGUCGCUGACACAGGUUUUUAAGAGCAGCAAAGAUGGCAAAUACUUGAUUUACAUACACUUUUUCCUUUCAGAUCAGCAGCUUGUAACACAGUAAAGAAGUAAGUAAGAGGUAAACCUACUGGGUGCAACCUUGUUGCAGCCAUGAACUGUUUCAUUGCAUUGAGUUAAACUGCCAUGUUAGUCUCUGUGGGACACAGUUUUAUACAACUUUGUGUGCAAAUGUUAUAUCGGAAUCUUUUAAAGCAAUACUUUACUGUUUUUCCAAUCUUCCAUUUAAGUUUCUAAAGUAUCUGCAAAUUGGGCAACAAUGAUAUCUGCAGACUGAAAUAUAUACAUGCAGACAUCAAACACCAAAGGCGCUGUCCGCUUUGUCAGAGGGGAUAACCGGGUAUUUCCUUUCCAAAAGCACCCUUUUGCCUUGGUAAACACUGUUUGCAUUCACCACCGCUGUGUAUAGAACUUUAGAAGCAUUCGUCUUUGCCUUUAAGCAGACAGAAGCAGAGUGUGUGCUCCCUGCAUGUCCACUGCUGGCAGUGUCUUGGCCCUUUUCAUCCUGCACUUCCUCAAAAGCUAACAGGAAGCUCCACCUUCUUCCUGACAUACUCACAUCUCUUGUGCCUUUUGAAACAGAAAUGUUUAAAUUAGUCAACGCCCCCCCCCCCAUGUGCACAUACUCUGACACUGCAGUUUACAUGUCACCAGACAAAUGUGGAAAAAGAGAGCAAGAACCCAGGUUGGAGUUAAAAACUCAGCUCUGCUGGUUCCCCUGGGGCAUAUUUGUUUUCCUUGUUUAAUCCGAUUUUGUUGUUUGAAAUGAAGGCUUAACAGCAGGAGAGUUGACAGUCAUGGAAGUAAUGCAUUAUUUGAUGUUUUUUUUGUUUUCUUUGCUCAGUUUUCAAUCAGUCUCUAUUCUGGUUCACUCUUUUCUUCUUUCCUCGAUAUAUAUAUAUAUAUAUAUGAUAUAUAUAUGUAUACUCUAUGUCACUCUGUGUCAGGCGCCCUUGUCAUUAAGAUGAUGUUUUAUGUAUAGAAGUAUUUGCUACAUGGUGUCGCUGAAAGAAGAGCAAAAUUUGUUUGAUUUAUUAAACAAUGAUUUGUACUCACUGAGAGGUUUGUGUGUGAAUGAAU